UUGUUCGCGUGUGUGUGUGUGUCUAAGCUGACUUGCCAAAUACUUUCGCUCGUCGCCCCUUUGCAGGCGAAGCUUCGAAUAUAAAAGAGUCCUCGGGAGGAUUGGUUGUCAUCAGUCAGCUGUUUGCAAGUUUACAGUUCAAACGAUCUCACCUCACCGGGGACAUUCAGCCGAAAGCCGUUCAACAGACAGUCACACAAGAUGUAUUCGAAAGCGAUCGUUCUUGCCGGGUUCGUUCUCUGCCUUGUCGCAGCGGCACCGCCGAGGAAAGCGGUCCGUGCAUCGCCCGGCGGUGGCCCAGACAGUGAGGCCAUCGUGAUCCAGCAGGACCAGAUCAUCAACGACGACGGUUCGUACAACUACGUGUUUGAAACGAGCAACGGCAUUCGGGCGCAGGCGAGCAGCUCGGACGGUAUCCGUACAUCCGGGGACUUCUCUUACCCCGCUCCGGACGGUUCCAACAUUGCGCUUGUCUACGUGGCCGAUGACUACGGUUUCCAGCCGCAGGGAGCUCAUCUGCCCGUGGAACCUCCAGCACCGGAGCACGUCAUCAAGCAGCUCGAGGACAUCCGUGCCAACCCGCCGAACGAUCCGGACUUUGAUGCUGCCUUCCUGGAUUCGGAAAUUGCCAGACUGCGGGCGACCCAGGGCUGAGCAGUAGUGCCAACAGGAACGCAUUAGUUAGUUAGCGAAAUCAACAUACUGUCGAAGUAGUGAAAUUUUAAACAUGUUAAUAAAAAAGUGAUUGUGUCAAAGUACAAAAUUCCAACACGAUGCUCUUUCUGCUAUAAUUAAACAUCGCCAAAGCUCACUGGCAGCGGCAUCC